GGCGGGGGACGCGGAGGGGCCGCCUGAGAGACCGACCGGGGGUCGCGAAGGGGCCGCCUGAGAGACGGACCGGUGGUCACGGAGGGGCCGCCUGAGAGACUAACCGGGGGUCACGGAGGGGCCACGUGAGGGACGGGCAAGGGGUCGCGGAGGAGUCCCCGGGGAUUGGGCAGAGAAACCGCCAGAGACAGAAGGGGGGACAUGGACGGGCGGGGUCUUCGAAGGUUCUGAGCGGGGUUGGGACGCUGUCGGUGGAGUAGGUAGAAGAAGAAGUGGGACUGCCUUCUGGGUAGGUGGUGGUGUCAGUUUCCGGACCCCUUUCCCCACCGUGAGAGCUGCCUCCUGUGUCGUCUGCCCCAGGCCCUGAGGAGGCUCGCCCCCAGAGCCCCUGAGCUUCGGUGAUUGAUUGCAGCAUUGCCUGGCAAAGAUGGUGUUUCCAAACAGGACAUUCGAGAGCAGAUUUGGGACUACAUGGAGUCACAAAAUUUAGCUGAUUUUCCCCGGCCUGUUCAUCACAGGAUUCCCAACUUCAAGGGCUCUUAUCUGGCUUGCCAAAACAUCAGAGACCUCGAGGUUUUUGCCAGAACGCAGGAACUUAAAGUGGACCCUGAUAAACCACUGGAAGGCGUCCGGUUGCUGGCGCUGCAGAGCAAAAAAACAUUAUUGGUUCCAACACCGCGACUGAGAACGGGGUUGUUUAAUAAGAUCACUCCACCCCCUGGGGCAACUAAAGACAUCUUGAGAAAAUGUGCCACCUCUCAGGGCGUGAGGAACUACAGCACUCCCGUGGGCUUGGACUCCAAGGUCCUUGUGGACUUGGUUGUGGUGGGGUCCGUGGCUGUUUCUGAAAAAGGCUGGAGAAUUGGGAAGGGAGAAGGCUAUGCCGACCUUGAAUACGCCAUGAUGGUGUCGAUGGGAGCAGUCAGCCAGGGGACGCCAGUGGUCACCAUCGUCCAUGACUGCCAGGUUGUUGACAUACCUGAAGCACUCCUCGAGGACCACGACCUCACUGUGGACUAUAUCCUUACUCCAACUCGAGUCAUCACCACAGGGUGUGAGCGCCCCAAGCCAGCGGGAAUCGCAUGGUCCAAGAUCAGCUGUGAGAUGAUGGAGAAGAUACCUAUCCUCAGAAGCCUGCGCCACCGAGAGGAGCAGGCUGGGAAGGACGUCACCCUCCGAGAUGGGCCCCGGAGCACUCCAGGCGCCCAGGCCGCCCCCAGCACCGCCAGAAGCCCUCAGGACCCGGCCCCACCAGAAUCGGGCUCCGUGCCUCCCAGCUCUGUUGAGAUUGGGAACCUCCCCCGGGAUGUCAGGGUGAGCCAGCUAAAGCGGGCCCUCAGCGCACUGGGCGUGGUGCCCUCGCGGCUCACCUGGCAGGGGCCGCAGCACAGGGCCUUCCUCCACUACCGGGACCCGGCCGAGGCCCAGCAGGCCAUCGCCUGCCUGCAGGGCUUCCGCCUGGGCGCCAGCACAGUGAGGGUGGUGCUAGCCAGGCAGCAGAGGGCCGGUGACCUUGGGGGCGGCCACACCGCAGAGCCACUCCCUGACCAUCGGCCGUUGCUGGCCCAUGACGACGUCCUGCUAUGAUCCCCAGCGAACUUCCGCCCAGCACAGCAGGGCAUGGUGGAGCCGUUGCUGCCUGAGCUGCUGUUGAGUUUGGUCCUUUCUGGGAAGUCAGAGCUUCAGUUGCUGCCCAGUGUCUCCUGGGGGCAGGAAGUCAGCCCGUGAGGCACUUGAAGUCUCUUGGGAGGCAGGAAGUUCAUAUUCAGGCUUCUGCGCAUCCUGGUCCUUCAGCCUGUGGAAUGUCACAGCCCUGCUGGUUUCUUGGUUGAGGGGACUGAGUGGGCAAUAAACGAGCAGGAGUAAAUUCUGA